AUGGAUUGUUUCGCGGACGAUCGAGACGCUUUAAAUGAUUUUGCAAAAUAUUUCAAUAAUUCACAUUUAAGCGAUGUCUCUCUUCUUGUUGGUGAUGAAAUAUAUGCGGCUCAUCGAAUAAUUUUAACAAAAAGUAGUGAAGUUUUUGAACGAAUGUUAAGUCAAAAAUGGAACGGCGAAAAAAAAGAAUUGGAACUAGUCGAAGAGCCUCAAUGUCAAAAAGUAUUUUCAGCAUUUCUUCGGUUCUUAUACUGUAAUCAUAUCUUACUUCAUCCUGAUAAUGCUCUGCCAAUACUUGUUCUUGCUGAUAAAUAUAAUGUUAAUAACUUAAGAAAGGUUUGCAUAGAAUACGCUGUACAGAAUAUUUUGCCUGAAUUAUCACUUCGAGAAUUAUUUCAUGUUUGGUUUUCGUAUGCAACGAAAGCAUAUCAUCAGUUGCUAAUAAAUUCAUGCAUAAAAAUUCUUGCGUGGCAUUUCGAAGAAAUGAUUACGAGUGAAGAAUGGGAAAAAGAAUGGUUAUCAGUUGAUCACGAAUUUCGUUUAUGGGAAGCAGUACAAAAAUGGUUGAUGGCACCUUCUCAUCCAGAACGACGUGGGAAUACUGCUUCUCCUCUCUUAGUUUCAAUAUUGCCACUCAUCAGAUUUCCAUUCAUGACGGCCGAUGAAUUGACUCAAGUGGAACGAUCACCUUUUGUUGAAUCGCAUCCAAAAUUAUUUCAUCCUCAAAUUCUCUUGGCAUAUAAAUUUCAAGCUUUACCACUGGCUAGUCGCGCCAAUUGCAAAGAAUUCAGUGGUACUCAAUUUAUUCUAAGAAAUUAUACGGAUGUGAGGUGGGAUCGUCGCAUUACAAUUCAUAGCGAGGAUUUACGCUUGGAUUGUGCGUAUGAUAGAUGCAUCGAUCAAACUUUUAAUAUAACGACUCGUUCCUCAACAUUUCCGCUUCAAGCUUGGAAUUGGAAAUUAAAACUAACGAGUCAAAUGGUGUCCAAUAGUCAUGACGAACUUCGUAUGUAUCUCGUAUCAGAUGAUAUUGAUCAACCCCGUUCUAUCGAAUAUCUUGUAUCAAUUGUCGAUGAUAGAAAAGUUAUACGGUCUUUGGCUGGAAAGAAGAAUUUCACAAAGACUAGAUACAGCGCAGAUAUUGAAAUCGAGAAAAAAAUUGACCUAAACGAAAUUUAUACUGAAAAAUCGCCUUUACUCGUUAACGGCGAUUUACACCUUCAAAUUACUCUACGACCUAUCGACUAA